AUGCGUGACUGCAUCUCUACCUCAUCUGAGAAAUUUAUACACGGUUUCAAUUUUACAGCAGAAGAAAAGCAGGCUAAAGAUGCUUCACCAACCCCUCAGCUCAGUGUCUGGCAGUUUGCAAGCCCCUCUCUGCCUCCUGAACUGAGAAAGCUUCGUGGCAUUAUGGAGGCUGAGCAAGUCAACAGGCAUUCGCUGCGCCGAAGGAAGCGCUCCAUUCUGUUUCCCAGUGGAGUUAAGAUCUGCCCCGAUGAAUCUGUUGAACAGGCUAUUGCCAACCAUCUGAAAUACUUCAGGCUCAGAGUUUGUCAGGAAACAGUCUGGGAGGUCUUCAAGACAUUCUGGGAUAGACUGCCAGAGCGUGAAGAGUAUCACACCUGGAUGAGCCUGUGUGAGGAAGGAACAAUGAGCAUUUUUGAAAUGGGCAUGAACUUCAGUCAAUCUGAGGAGCACCGAAGUCUGAUUGUGAAGAAACUGUCCUAUACAAAGGAAGCAAUGGCUGGCUCCUGCACUGACUGGUCAUGUGGUGGAACUCCAACUCCAGCUUCAGAUGCUGACGUUACCACACUGAGAGAUGCAGCUGCCAAUGUUCCUCCUCCUCAUGAGGUCUCAAUUGAGAGUCCUCCAGGUGGUACCAGCCAUGAGAUUGAAGAUGCAGACACUACUAUCAAUAAUGAGAUAAAGAAGGAGGACGAGACUCCAGUGAGACCUGUAACUGAGCAGAUGAUUGAGUUCAGCAUUGUGAUUUCUGGAGAGAAGUACAGCGAGGAGUUGAGCGACCCAGCCACUGCAAAGUAUCAGCUACUCUCUGAACAAUUUGUUUCUCAGAUCCAAAAUGUAUUUGAAGGACUACCUGGAUACAAAAACAUCCAUGUCCUGGAAUUUAGCUCUCCUGAGGAGGACAGUGGGGUGGAAGUUCACUAUGCUGUUACAUUUGAUGGAGAAGCCAUCAGCAAUGCCACUUGGGACCUGAUUAACCUUCAUUCCAACAAGGUGGAGGACAACUCCUUUAUGGGAAUAGAAGAUAAUCCAACAGUUGUUUACACCAUCAGCGAUUUCCAAGAUUAUAUUGCUGAAAUUCUCCAGAAAAAUGCCUUGCUUGAAAACACUUCCUUGACGUUAGACCCUAACUCUCUUCAGCUUAUUAAUGUGAAAGAAAUAUUACACCCUAGCCAAGAAGAUUCAUCCUGGAUCACUGAGCAUCCAACUGUGUUGGAGCAUGUGGAGUUUGAUGAUAACACUUUUUCAGCUGAACGGCCUUCAGCAGAUGAAUCAACUGUCAGCAAUACCUUGCCCUUUGACUUCACCAAACCAGAUUCCACUUUAGAUAGUGAAGAGUCCAGCGACAAUGAAAUCCGACCAAGACCAGAAAGCUUGGACUCUGAGGUCAGUUUGAUACCUGAAGCUCCACUUUCCUCUGAGGCUGACAUCACAUCUUUGCCAGAUGGGCUGAAUUUAGAGGAUGGGAAUCAGACUCCUGCUUUGGUCACUGCACCAGUGAUAGAGCAUGAUUCUCUGGACUCUCUGGAGUGGCUUUCAGCCCCUGAUUCUUCAGAUGAGUUUGAAGAUACUGGACUAUCUGAUGACUUUCUUCUGCCUUCAAGUCCCCCUUCUCACCUCACGCCUGAAGAACCUCCAUCUACAGAUGAUUACACAGCUCCCCUGCUUUCUGCACCAACAGUGGCCUCCUCAUCAGUCAUGGAGACUGAUACAAAAAGAACAGUGACUGCUGAGAAGGAAGAAGUAACUCAGAGUAGUCCUGCAGACAGUAGCAGUGCAGAUUCUUUGUUGCACGAGUCUGUGGAAGAAAGUCCUUUUCCCUUAGAACGUGAAAAUGAUAUUUAUCUUGGAGAUAGAAUUAUAUUUGAUGAUGGAUCUGGUUCAGCUUUUGAUGGUUCAGGAAAAGGAAUGGAACCAAGUAUUUGGCCUUGGGAUGUGGCAACACUGGAACCAGUUUUCUACCCUGGUCCUGAUAGCUGGCUUGAUGAUGAUAAUGAUUCUUUGUUAAUCAGAACUGAAGAUAUUCCUGAAGGUCUGAUCUUAGAUUAUAUUCUUAACUCUAGGAAUAAAUUAGAUGAUCCUUCCAAAGAUGAGAAUGAAGGUGUGGCCAGUACAAAAGAGAAUUUCCUCGAUGAGUCUGAAAUAUUUGUCUUUCCAGAAACUACAACUCAGCAGGUACCUCUGCUACAGACAGGAGAGCCAUCAUCUGUGGAGCCAUCUACACAGAUGGAAACGCUGAGCAUGGAUGAUUCUUCUUUUGUUAAACCAUCCUUUGUUUUGGAGCCAUCAGAGGACUAUUCCUUUGCAGACCUGCCAACUGGAGAAGAUCCUUUCUUACCACACAGUACAGGUCUGUCUGUUGAAGAUAGUCUCCUUACAUCUACAGUAACUCUUGGUAUAGAGGAUAGUCUCCUUACAUCUACUGUAGCCCUCGGUGUAGAACAACCAGAAGAGUACAGUGUAGGUCAGGAGAUCAUUUCUGAAGCAGUUGAACAUCAAAAUGAAGACAGGCCAGCAGCGGGAGAAUUAUUCACAGCAGGGCAGUCAAAUGUAGCCGAAGCUGCUACGAUAGGUUACUUGGACAAAAGCUCUUUAGGAACUGUUCUGACUGCGGAACCUUUUGAGGUAAGCACUGAUAGUUCCACAGAAGAGCACCAAACCCUAGAUUCAUCAUUCGCAGACCGAGAGACUGGAUUAGCAAGAAAGAAGCCAGUUGAUGUUUGGCCUACUGAGAGAGUACUAGAGAAGACAUUAGAUCAGACAGUACAAUCAGCAAUGCCGACUGCAGCUCAAGUUUCAACUGUAGUUCCUUCUUUAAUAGAUCAAGCCACUGCUCUAGAUGGCUUUGCUGGGCAGGAUGGUACGGAACAUGACACACAUGUUUCCAUGAGUAUCAGCACCAUUCUGAAGUCCUAUGUAACUGUAACAGCAGGCACUGUUGAGCUUCCAUCUCAUCUCCCUCCUAUGGCAUCCACAGUGUCAUCAUCUGUGGUUACCUCAGCAAAGCUGGGAGAUGAAACAACAAGAGUCCUGGAUGUUUCAGUGGACCUGGAUCAUGUGAGCAUGGUCAGCUUUUCUCCUGAGCCGAGUGAGGAGGCAAAGAGUAUGACUGACAGUCAUGUGGAGCCAACUACCCAUGCCCACUCCACAGAGAUGGCCGGCGUGGCUUGGCCCACGCAUGAAAAUCACAAUAGCACUCCUGUUCCAUCACGAGCUUUAGUUGUGUUUUUCAGUCUUCGGGUUACUAAUAUGAUGUUUUCAGAAGACCUGUUCAAUAAGAAUUCCCCUGAAUAUAAAGCAUUAGAGCAACGAUUCUUGGAACUGCUGGUGCCAUACCUUCAGUCAAAUCUAACAGGUUUCCAGAAUCUGGAAAUCCUGAACUUCAGAAAUGGCAGCAUUGUGGUGAACAGUCGAAUGAAAUUUGCAAAACCUGUGCCUCGAAAUGUCACCAACGCUGUGUAUAUGAUCCUGGAAGACUUCUGCAACACUGCAUAUCACACCAUGAACCUGGCCAUUGAUAAAUACUCUCUGGAUGUGGAAUCAGGAGAGCAAGCAGAUCCCUGCAAGUUCCAGGCCUGCAACGAGUUCUCUGAAUGCUUAGUAAAUCGCUGGAGUGGGGAAGCUGAGUGCGUCUGCAAUCCUGGCUACCUGAGCAUUGACGGGCUGCCCUGCAAUAGCAUUUGUGAUCUGCAACCCAACUUCUGCCUGAAUGAUGGCAAGUGCGACAUCAGCCCUGGGCAAGGGGCCAUAUGUAGGUGUCGCGUAGGAGAGAACUGGUGGUACAGAGGGGAGCACUGUGAAGAAUAUGUGUCUGAGCCACUGGUCGUGGGUAUUGCCAUUGCUUCUGUGGCAGGAUUCCUUCUGGUGGCAUCUGCUGUUAUCUUCUUCUUGGCAAGGACCCUUCGAGACCAGUACACAAAGAGCGACACCGAGGACUCACAGGGGCAGGGUGACAGCCUCUCGUCCAUUGAGAACGCAGUUAAAUACAACCCCAUGUAUGAAAGUGAUACGACUGGCUACAGCCAUUAUUAUCGCAGAUACCCUCAGCUAACGUCCUACAGUUCUACCAGUGCAGAGACAUCCACCGACUACAGCAGUGAAGAGAUAAGGCACAUUUAUGAAAACAGUGAGCUUACUAAGGAGGAAAUUCAGGACAGAAUUCGAAUUAUAGAGCUCUACGCUAAGGACCGUCAGUUUGCAGAGUUCGUUAGGCAGCAUCAAAUGAAGCUGCUUUAAGAAAAAAAAAAAAAAAAGAAAUCAGUAGAGAGCACGUGGAAGAUAAAGACUACCUUGUUGCCAUAGCAAUGGGCUCAGUUGUAACUGCAAAGUUACUUAUAGUCUUAACAUUGCAUGGAUGGAUACAGAUGUUUUCUAAAUGAAUGGCUGAAAUGUACAGAUGUCUGUUUAUCUCAAUUACCUCUGGCUUCUCUGCUUAAAGUGACAUUUUUAAGAGGUAAUCAGAAGUGACAGAGGUUAUGAAAGUUCAUUUUUCAUUAACUCUGAAAUGGACAGUGGUAAUUUGUAUACCAAGGCAAAAAAAAAA